AUGCGACAAAUUUGGAUAUUCCUCUUGACAAUUUCGACUAUUUUAAUAACAAAAGGUGAGAUUUUUUCGUUAUUUUUAGAAAAAUUCGCAAAAAAUACCAGUUUUUCGCUUGUUUGUCCGAUUUUUUGAAACAUAAGCUUAAGAAGACUGGAUUUUUGCGGGGAAACAGGGAUUUCAAACGACGCUCCGCAAUUACAGCGUUUCAAACGAUACUCCGGGUUUACAGGGUUAAAAAUUUAGGAUUAGAUUUUAAAGAGAUAUUCCAGAAUUCAAAUUAAAUCUCAAACGAUACUCCAGGUUUACGGGGAGAGAGAUUUAGCUUUAGAUCUUUAUGAUAUCUUCUAGAAUUUCCAACGAUACUCCAGAGCUACAGCAACUAAUUUCAGAUCUAAAAUUCAAAUUAAUUUUCAGCCAACACCCUAACCUGCUACAUUUGUGGUGAUAAUAAUUUGGAUGAAUUUGGCGAGUGUCAACAACAUUUUUUAUUCGAUUGUGAUUCCUAUGCCAGUAGAUUUUCGAAAGAUGAACGGAUUUAUUGUAGAACCACAAGAAGUCGCGCCAAAAAUAGUGAGUUUAAAGGGACAUUUGCCACAAAAACCAUUUUUAAAGGCGCAUGACCUUCAUUUUUACCCUAAAAAACCCUAUAAUCCUAUUAUUUCGCAAAAAUAACAAAAUAAUAAUAUUCCGUGACCAUGACACAAUCGUUCCGCACCACCAAAAGUCGCUUUUUGUUUUGUAAAAAGAAAACAUAUCGUAAAAAUGCUUGUGUAGUUCUCUUGGAGAAAAAAUUAAAGGCACACACGUUAUUUUCAAGAAAAUAUCUUGCAGCGAAAAUAUUUCCGUGUAGUUCUCUUGGAGAAGAUUUCUAGAAAUUCACAAUAAAACUUAAAGGCGCACGUUAUUUUCAAGAAAAUAUCUCGAAGCGAAAAUGUGUUCGUGUAGUUCUAUUGGAGAAGAUUUCUAGAAAUUCACAAUUAAACUUACAAUUAAAGGCGCACGUUACUUUCAAGAAAAUAUCUCGCAGCGAAAUUUUUUUCGUGUAGUUCUCUCGGACAAUUUUCAUUUUUUUUGCCAUUCGAUUUCGAUUUUCCAAGGUUGAAAACUUUCUUUUUUCCGAAAUCCAAGCUAAUUAUAAUUGAGUAUGGCAUUCAUGGGUAAUUAAAAAAUGAAAAAUGGAUUUUGGUCGAGGGAAAGUUGUCCGAGAGAACUACACAAACACACAUUUUCGCUGCAAGAUAUUCCUCCACAAUUUCAUGCGCCUUUAAAAAUUGUUUUUCUCAGAAAAGUCAAUUUCAAUUCAAUUCACUUCAAAACCAAAAUUUCACCAAAAAAGUUCAUAACUUCAAGCAAAGCCGCAACAAAAAAGGCACUUUCUCUUUUUUUUAUUCGAGGAUUGACCUACAUUUAAAAUAUGGUUGGGUAUAAUAGUUGUAUGUGAAAAGAGUGCGCGAGAGGCUUAUGAAAUAAAAACUACAAAUAAACAAAGGGGAAACUACAUAACUGUUUUUGGAGGAAAAGCUGAAAAAUUCACUGUUUCAAAAUAUUUUUUGAAUAUUUUAACCUUCAAACCUUCAAAAAAAUUCACUGUUUCAAAAUUUUUGAAAAAAAUUUUCCAUUUUGGUGGGUUUUUGAUAUAUGCAAUGAUUUAAGAAAAAAGUUUUCUGAAAUUUUGUUUUAAAAAUUUUUUUUCAUUUUUAAAAUCACAUUAGCAAUUCCCAUAUCAAAAAAUCGAAAAUUGAAAAAAUUUACAAAAUUUUUGAAACAGUAAAAUUUUCACAAAGAAGUUUUUUGAAUUUUUUUAUUCAAAACACUUCAAAGAUUUUUUGAAACAGUAAUUUUUUUUCAAAUUUUUGAUGUGUUCAACAAAAUCCACGUGGCAUCAAAAAAUAAUUUCAGAAAAAUUGUUCCUUUGAAAUUUCUUUUUAAUUGUAGAUCCAAACAUUACCCUGUGUAUCAACAGACACAAUGACUAAAGAAUAUUUUAAAUAUUUUUGAAACAGUAAAUUUUUUUAAAAAUUUUCCUACAUUUUCUGCAGUUAGCAUUGUCGUUUCAAUUUAUCAAAAAAUUCGGAAAACAAAAAAUUAUUUUCAAGUUUUUUGAAACAGUUAAAUUUUUCAACAAAGAAUUUUUUGGUAAUUUUUUAAUACUGAUAAAUAAUCUCUUUCGAUCAAAAAAACAAAAACAUAUAAAUAUUUUCAAGAUUUUUUUGAAACAGUAAUUUUUUUUCUUUAUUUUCUCACAUUUUUUCAGUUAGCAUUGUCGUAUCAAUCCAUCAAAAAUUCAAAAAACAAAAAAAUAUUUACAAAAUUUUUGAAACAGUGAAUUUUUUUCAAACAAUUUUUUUGAAAUUUUUUCGUUGAAAAGUUGGUCACAUUUUUCCAGUUCAAUUUGGUAAUGUUAUCAAAAAAUUAGCAACUUGCAAAUAAUUUCAAAACUUUUUGAAACAGUAAAAUUAUUUUAAAAUGAAUUUUCUGAAAUUUUUUCGUUUAAAAUUUUUUUUUUCAAACAAUGUACCAACUAAAGAAACUAAAGAACUAAAGAAAAAUUUACAAAAUUUUUGAAACAGUGAAUUUUUCCUAAUAAGUUUUUUAUUGCUUCUGAAAUUUUCUUUCGCUUUUAAUAAAAAAUUCGAGAAUCCAAAAAAUAUUUACGAAAUUUUUGAAACAGUAAAUUUUUUCGUUUCAAAAUUUUCUCACAUUUUUUUCAAUUAGCAUUGUCGUAUCAAUCCAUCAAAAAUUCGAAAAACGAUAAAAUAUUUACAAAAAUUUUGAAACAGUGAAUUUUAUUCGAGCGGAGCGAGUGUAAACCGCAAGCUUCCGCGAAGCGGCACAAUCUUCCGCGUAGCGGCCACGUGGAUUUUAGUCUUAGCCAAAUCCCGAGCGCCUCAAGCGCGAGUGUAAACCGCAAUCUUCCGCGGAGCGGCACUAUCUUCCGCGUAGCGGCCACGUAGAUUUAAGUUAUAGCCAAAUCCCGAGCGCUUUCCGCGAAGCGGCACAAUCUUCCGCAUAGCGGCCAUCCCGAGCGCUUCCGCGAAGCGGCAAAGCUACCAUUUUAGUAUAAACUUAGCCUAACUUCUCCUCCAAAAAAUCCCAAAAUUUCAUUCAAUUCCAGACACAUUCACAAUAAUGAAAGAAUGCAUUUCGGAACAAGACCACUACCGUACCUUCCCAGAAAAAGGCUAUCGAUUAGAUGAGGAAUGUGAUUUGGUUGAUAUUCGCGGAGAAGAAGUCGCUUAUUGUUUGUGUCGAAGUGAUAAUUGCAACAAACAACCAAUUGCAGAACAAUUUAUGGCUUUCGAGGAAAAACAUCCUGAACUUUUUGGCGAACUUGAUGAAACCAAGAAGCCUCCAGCUCCUCCUCCUCCUCAAAAUUUUCCAAAAAACUUCCAGGCUCCGCUGAAAAUCCAACAACUUCCAGCGAAUUUUGCCGCUCCAGCCAUAGUUCCUAUCAAUGAUCUUCGAUCUUCCGAAUCCGAUAUUCGACGCUCUCAACUUCGCGCAUCUGGCAUCGAAACUGAAAUUUCCAGCAUCCCUCGUCCGAUUCCGAUUCCGAACUCCAGAGAAGCUCUAGAACUUCCGAUCAUGAAUCAACCGAUCUCCGAGGGAUCUUUUGUGGGACUGAGAUUGCCUAGAGUGGAGGCGGAGCCAAAAGAGCCCGAGGAUUCAAACAUUGCUCAUGUUAUGAAGUGUAUUCAAUGUGGAGAUGGGAAUCUGAAAAGUUCGAGUGAGGAAUGUAAAAGACAAGUUCAAGUUGAAUGUCAAUCGGAGAGAUCAAUGUGUUUUACACGGCAGAUUAAUAUUGGAAAUGGUGGGUUUUUUCUGGGAAGAUCUAGAAAAUCUGGAAUUUCAGCAUUUUUUAAUAGAAAAUCUGAAAAAUUUUCAGAAUUUUUUUAAAGCUCAAAAUCUAGGUUACAUGAUCUAUGAUCAAAAAAUUCAAAAAAAAAUAAAUAACAUUUUUGAAACAGUGAAAAAACCUGGAAUUUCAGGAAAAAAUUUGUGGAAACUCUUAUUUUCGUGCUGAAAAUUCACAGCAUUUUUAAUAGAAAAUCUGAAAAAUUUUCGGAAUUUUGAAGCUCAAAGGUCUAAAAUCAAAAAAUUUCCAGAAAAAAAAAUAUAAUUUUUGAAACAGUGAAAAAACCAGGAAUUUCAGAAAAAAUUCUUCAGAAAAUUCAGGAUUUUGAACCAAAUUUGGAGCUGGAAAUUCUUGUUUUUGAGGAAAAUUUGGCUCUUUUUUUUGUCUGAAAAUUAUUUUAAGACCCUAGAAAAUUUCAGAAUUUUUUCAAAGCUCAAAAUCUAGGUUGCAUGAUCGAAAACAUAAAAAAUGCUCAAUAUUAUCAAAAAUUUCGAAAAAAAAUAUACACAAUUUUUGAAACAGUGAAAAAACCUGGAAUUUCAGGAAAUUUACAGCAUUUUUUAAUAAAAAAUUUGGAAAAUUUUCAGAAUUUUGAAACUCAAUGGUCUAACGAUUUCAUACUAAAACCAAAAAUUUCCAGAAAAAAAUACAAAUAAUUUUUGAAACAGUGAAAAAAUCUCCCAAAAUUUCCAGGACUCUACGGCAUGGAGAAAAUGUGUGUGCUGCCCGAGCAACUCGUCAAUGAAUUUGGCGAAUCUGCGCGCGAGCAAGGUUGCGGCUCUUCAAAUGGCGGCAGGGUUCAAUAUUGCGCAUGCACAAGUCCCAGUUGCAAUCAAAUCCCACUUUCACAGCAAGUGAGUCGGGUUUUUCAACUAGAUUUAACCCCUCUUCAAAAACGCAUGGCUGGUUAAGUGGCAGCGCCUUCUGCUGGCGAUCUGAAGACCCGAGUUCGAGUCUUGCUCGGGGCGAACUUUUUUUUUCUUUUUUUUCUCGUGCUGUCUAACAAGGGUUUUUUUAUUUAGAAUAAUAACAAUUGACCCAAAUAAAAGUAAUUCAUUCAUCAUUCAUCAACCAAUAAUUCAAGUGUAUGAUUUUUUUAAUAGUAGUUUAUUUGAUGGAAAUUCGAGGAGAAAAAAAACAAUAAUCACUUUGACCGUGACAUAAAAUAGAAAAUGAGAAGAACAGGAUUUUAGGGACUUUUGCCACGUCAUAGCUUUUAUCAAAAACAACUUAGCUCAACUCGGAACAUGAGUUAUGACGUGGCAAAGUUUGUGAAAUCAGAAAAAAAUCUAACUGUUUCAAAAAUACUAUUCAAAUUUUCGGUGAAAAAAAAUAAUUUUUAAAUAAAAAUUGUGAAACCAAUAGAAAAAUAAUGUUGAAAAUUCACUGUUUCAAAUAUUUAACAUAAAAAAAGUUCAGAAAAUUAAGGACGAUUCAUAAAUUCUGAUAAUUUUAGAAAAAAAAAAUUAUUUCACUGUUUCAAAAAAUCAAUAUUAAAAUAAUCUAAAUUUAGUAUUUGGUAAACAUCUUGAGUUUGUGAAAAAAAAUUAAUUUUCAGAUAAAUCCACUGUUUCAACUAUUUUUCAUCUAGAUUUUUCUGCUAUUACACCUAACACAAAAUUCUAAAAACUCACUGUUUCAAAAUUUUCAAAAAAAAAAUGUCAAAUUGAUGCUGAAGUGAUUGAAAAGUCACAGAUUGUUGAAUUUUAAAAAUCUACUGUUUCAAAUUUUUCUCAUAUUUUUCAUAAGCUUUUUAAUAAUUUUGCUAAAUUCUUCCCAAAACUUUCCGAAAUUUUGCCACGUCAUAACUCAUAUUCAAAAUUGAGUUUAGCUAUUUUUGAUAUCGGGAUCAUGAUCAGCGGGUCAAAUUUUCCUAAAAAAAUUAAAUUUUGAAGUUACCCCAACUUUUUAUAUUUUCCAUUGGAUUAAAUAUCAUCUUAUCAAAGAUUCAAACACUUCAAAAAUAUAUACAACAUUUUUGAAACAGUGAAAUUUUUAAAAUUCUGAACUAGAGUAAUUUCCUUGGAAAAUCAUAGAUUUUUGGAUUUUAAAAAUCUACUGUUUCAAAAUUUUCACAUAUUUUUAAAGAUUUUUAAUAAUUUUGCUGGAUUCUGGGUAAAAAACAUCCAAAAUUUUGCCACGUCAUAACACAUGUUCUAAAUUCCAGAUGCAAAUCUUCAACACCAACCCGCCAUCUCGAUCUCACAACGUUCCCGAACUCGCCUCUCCCGAUCUCCCACCUCCACCAAAACAGCCACCACAAUCACCACCCACCGCCGAACUCGUCCCACCACCUCAACCAAUUAUCCCAGUGAUCUCGAGAAGUGGAUCUUCUGGAGCUAGUCAACCCGGAAGAUCAGUGGAACCUCCGGGCAGCUCGAAAAGCUUCAGAUGUACAGUUUGCAGUGAGAAUGAUAUGGCUGAUCCGACGGCUGAUUGUAGAGGAAUGUCCGAGGAGAUUUGUGAUGAAACAUCGAGGUUUUGUGUGACGAAACAGACACAGAUUUCGACUAGUGAGUGGGAAUUUUGGGGGCUUGAAAUUGGAAAAAAUUUCAGCCAAAAAUUUUCAGAUUUAUUGUAAAACAUCGAAUCUAACAUUAGAUCUUAUUUCUAGAUGGAAAAAUUGAGAAAACUUUGAAACAGUGAAAUUUUUGAAUUGAAAUUCCACAAAAAAAUAAUUUUCAGAUUUUUUUUCGGACUUUUGGGCUUUUUUAUGGACCUAAAUAGUUCAGAAAACUUUGAAACAGUGAAAUUUUCUAAUUUAAAUUUAACAAAAAAAAAUAAUUUUAAGAUUUUUUUUCGGACUUUUGGGCUCUUUUUAUGGAUUAUACUUCAGAAAACUUUUUAAAAAUUCGAAAUUAAUUGAGAAAACUUUGAAACAGUGAAAUUUUUGAGCAGAAAAAUCGUCGAAAAACAAAAAUACACAGAAUAUUAUUUUGAUUAGAGACAGUGGAAAAUUGAGAGAGCGCAGACAGCACAAAAUUAGUUUUUAGGGUGAAAGUUAGGCUAACUUUUGUUCAAAAACCUACAUAAUAUUCUGCUGUCUGCGCUCUCUCAAUUUUCCAUUGUCUCUAAUCAGAAUUCUGCAUUGGAAAAAUUUUUUUUGUUUUAAAAAUUUCACUGUUUCAAAGUUUUCUCAAUUCGAGUUUUCUCCCAAGUUCAAAAAUUUGAGUUCAACAUUUUUUUAAAAAUUUUCAAAAUUUCACCUGCCUGGUUUUUGAACCACGAUUUCCCAAUUUUCAACAAAAAAACUCAAAAACCUGAAUUCUCCAGGCUCGUUCGCAAUGGAGAAAAAAUGCCUUUCGGACCGCGAAUCUGCCAAAUUUUUGCCGGGCGAAAAAAUCGAGGAGGGAUGUGCCACGUCGGAAAGUGGAAUGGUCAAUUAUUGUAUUUGCGCGGGCAAUUUGUGUAAUCGAAAUUCGCUACUUCAACAGGCACAAAUGAGCGGGUAGGAGAGAAAAUUUGAAAAUUUGAAAAAAAAUCAUAUCGUCCGAGAGAACUACACACAAUUCUCAAUGGAGCGCAAUUGAUUUUUUAUCAAAAAUAUGUUUUCUAGAAGAUUUUGAACCGUAGAUCAUGAUUCUGUUGUCAAAAACUGGAAAAGUCAACUCUGAAGAUGAGUUAUGACGUGGCAAAGUUAAAUAAUCGUGAUUUCACAAGGUUAUAACUAAAUUUCAGCUCCGAAAAACUUUAUUUUAGCUGAAAAUACUCAGAAAAUCGCUGAUUUCACUAAAAUUAUUGAAUUUCAGCUAAAAUUUGACGAUUUUCAUGAUUUUUAGCCCUAAAAAUUGUAAAAAUACCCAAUUAUCAAUUUUGCCACGUCAUAACUCAUGUUCAGAGUUGAUUUGAGCUGUUUUUCACAUCAGAAUCAUGAUCAGCGUGGCAAAAUCAACCGGAAACACACUUUUUCUAUCAAAAACCCCGGAAAACAAAAAAAAACUGUUCUCCUCCACGAGAACUACACACAAUUCUCAAUGGAGCGCACAUGCACCCUUUCAAUUUUUUUCAAAAAUAUUUUUUUUUCAAACAAAAAGCAAAAACAUUGUUUUUCAGAGUUCGUGAAGAAUUGGAGGAACAAAGGCAUAUUGAGGAGGAAAAAUCAUCGCGUCUGAAUUUGAUUCAAACACCGCAUGUUGCAAAUCAGAAAAAUGUGGGAAUCGUUCAGCCGAAUUCACAAAAUCGCUUGCCACCAGUGAUUUUGGACGAAGAUGAAGAUGAAAAUCAAUUGGAAGUUGCGCGAGACAUUGGAAAAAGUGAAGAUGAGAUAAUUCGAGAUCGACAAAAAGAAUGGGCAAGAGCGGAAAUCGCAUCAUCUUCUGCGAUUUCAAAGUUCAUUUUCUCGAUUUUUAUUUUAUCAAUUUUCCGACUCUUUGCAUAA